ACACAUUUUAUAUACUUUAUUUAAAGUCAAGUCAAGUUACAUUAGGAAUCAAAUCUUCUGAAUAAUCCAGUAGAUUAAAGCAGUUCAGCUAUCUAUCAUGAGUCUACAGGGGUGUGCACACACACACACACACACACAUACGCACACACACACAUACUAUAUUUGAUCACAUACACUGAUCACUUAGCAACCACAUGUCAUUGAACAUUUCACUCUGAUUUACUUUAGUAUAUGAGAUAAAUAAAACUCCUUGUACAGUCGGUCAGAUGUCAGGCAUAAUAACUGGUGUGCUGUUGGGUAAUUUUCAGUGAUAUUGACAUGGUCUUCCUGAGCCAUACUCUGUCUUGAGAUCUUAUCCAUUUCACCCUUGUUUUGUGAUUUGUGAGUGAAAUGGCAGUAUGGAAAGACCAACUUUUGUUGAACUACAGGCAUAGCUGGUCCCUGCUAUUGAAAAAUAAGUGCAUUUGACAUACCAGAUUGACUGAAAGCUCAAAGUAAUCUUCUUGGCCAUCUUGGUUGUAUCAGGUAGGCGUGUUUUUUUGUGUGCACGCACGCACACGUGUCUGGGGCCCAGGUAGGGGGCCAAUGAGCUCUCAGUGCCCAGGGGCCCUUGGAAGUACAGCCGUGCUGAUUCUGGGUUUUGUUCAGCAACCCAGCUGCUGAGUUAGUGCUUUACAACCGUGUCCUUCCCCUCCUUUACCAGCUGUUUCAUUAUUCUUCCAACUGUCCCAUUUUUGACGACUUGAAUUGUACUGUAAUACAAGUGUUAACAACUAGGGGGCAAUGUUUAAUCACUUUCUGUUAGCUCUUUCACAACAUAAACAACAUAAUUACACCUGAGGGACCAUGGCAAGCUCUCAUCCUACUGUGGUUGUCACAGAGACCAUGAGCAACACAAUUAAGACUACCAGUUGCCCUGGUCCUAAGGUAACACUGUUUAUCUGUGAUCAAGACACAUUUCCUGCCCUUCUACAUUCAAGCAGAACUCGACAAAAGUACACCACAAUGAGCAACUGUGAUCCGUCCUCCAAUGGCUUUGUGGUCGUUACCCAUGUGUAUCCACAACAAAGUGCCCAAAGUGAUGUUUUACCCCAGACUGGAGCUGUGCCAACAGCCUCAUCUCCGAUUGGGAAAUUCCUUAAAGGAGAACCAGCAGUCCUGGGAACGGUCCAGAUAAUGACUGGCAUUGUUGUAUUCUUGUUUGGCAUUGUGACUGCAUUUCAAUCAUCAACAGUGUCCUCUUUCUCUGGUAUCAUGCUCUGGGGAUCAAUUAAUUACAUUAUAGCAGGCUCUCUUACUGUUGAAGCCAAUAAGAGGCUCUGUCAGUGUUUGCUCAAGGCAUCACUGGUGGUGAAUGUCAUAAGCACCAUAACUGCUGGAAUCUCCAUAAUUUUACAUAGCUUUGAUUUCAUUGUCCUAACAGACUUUCAUCACAGUUGCCGUUAUGAAGGCCAUGACACUUAUGAUUGUUGGAGGAGUAGGGCAUUGUUCUUGACCAGGGCAAGGGGGAUUGCUGGAGUCAUGAUAGUUUUGUCAGUGCUGGAGUUCAUUGUUUCCAUAUGCGUAUCUGCAUUUGUCUGCAAAGCCACCUGCUCCUCAAAUACUCAGGUGGUCGUUUCAAGCCAGGUGCCCCCACCUUUUCUCAUCUCCUGCGCAUCUGCUCCUCCAUUGAACACCUGUGAGAUGCCUCUCUUCCUGCCUAGUCUGGGUUCCCCUUUUCAUCACAGCCGUGUUGAUGGUCCGAGGGAUGGCAAACCUGAAGAUCUGCCCCCAGUGUACACCGCUACCUAAGGAUGAGUCAGGUGCCUUCGUGUAAUAAUAAUGAUAACUUAGAUUUGUUUAUCGCCUUUCAAUAUAUCCAAGGUCGCUUAACAAAAACAAAAAAGGAGGGGAAGGCCUCAGUGAAUAGGUGUGAUUUUAGGAGUCCUUUGAAUGUGCCUAUAGGGGGCACUGCGUACAUUCAGAGGCAGAUUGUUCCAUAGACUGGGAGCAGCAGCACAGCAGUAGCAGGGGAGACCAGCAUCUGGUGCCCUUUCAAGUCAAAUCAUAUGUGUUCUUAGUGAGCAAGGGUGAAUAAGUAAAGUGAAAUAAACCCCUGAAGUCAA